AUGGGCAUAUUUCAGGGCCAAACAGAUGUCGUCCAUGUACAUUUGAGCCUUCUUGAUACCAGCCAUAUGCAUCCACGGGGAAACUGCGGGGGGUUGUUGUCCAGCAAUAUCUACUACGCCUGGGAGGCGCCGCGGUACAUCACCAGCUUGACGGUUGAUAUCACCAUGGCUGCGAUCUUGGUCACCGCUAGCUCAGCAUAUACUCUGUGGAUGAGAUGGGAGAAUCGUCGCCGGGACAAGAGGAAUGGGCCGGGAAGGUUCUCGACCGAGGGUAUCACAGGCAGCCGUGACCCGCGGUUCAGAUUCGAGACGUGA